AAAUAGUAUAAUAUAAAGUAAAGAGUCAUACGCCAAUAAUUGGCGUGACCGCGUGAUUCCAUUUCCGAAUUACAAAAAUGGAAAAUAAAAUUAAAAUAAAAACUGAACAGAAAAUCUCCCCACCAUAAGCACACUUUUCCAAACAACGGAAUGUCCAAAUUAAAAGGAAAUCAGAAUUGAAAUUGAAAACCAAAUCCUCUCAGCUUUCAAUUCAUGGCGGCACCGCCACAGCCUCUCCUCCGCCGCCGGAGUUCAGUCCCCUCCUCGAUCGCAGUAGCGCCGCUAAAGCUCAAUCUCCUCCCCCACCACCACAACAGAAGCUCCUCCUCCUCCGACGAUCUCGAGCUGCUGUCGAUCAAGCCUAAUUCGCACAGCUACACCUCGCUGAAGGAUCUCCUCCCGACGACGGCGGUCAAUUCGCCGCGGCCGAGCUCCGCGCACGGCGGAUACGACAUCGGCAUCCGGAAUCGCCUCGUCAAGCAGGCGGCGUGGGCGUAUCUCCAGCCGAUGUCGGCCUCCCCCGGAUCCGCCGGCGGCAGCUUCAUCCGCCGCGUCUUUCCCCGACUAGCCGCCUUCUUUGAUUUGCUCCGCCGCGGCGCCGCGCAGGCUAUCGAUUGGACGCUCCGGCUUGUCUGGAUCCGCAGCUCCAGAUAGCGACGGUGCGGAUUAUUUACAUUUUACACACACAACAAAUGUACAAUAUCCAAUUUUUUUCAAAAUUUGGAAUAUAAAAUGAAUUAAAAAUACAAAAAUCUAAAAA